UUCUAGUGCGGUCCUUCCAAUGGCGACAAUACACGUGUUGAUGUCGCUGAUAGACCGAUUGAACAGGUUGAACAUAUAUUUCUGGGCACACGGCGUUUAGUUUAUUGUUUUCAGAUUCCCGGAGAUCUCACAGUGAAUAGUUGCGGAUAUUUGUCUGUUUUUAAGAAGUUCCUUGUAGCAGAUAGCUGAAGAGACAUCCAAGUUAUUUGUCGUCCAUAGUGCCUAAUCUGCUCGUUUACUCAUUAGGGACAUAUUGGGGCAUCACCGCUGCAGCGCCACUAUGGACGGGGGUGCGGACGGAGGUCAGGCCGGCGGCGGAGCGGCCGCGGGCGGACAGCAGACACGCACCACUGGCGUGGACGUGGUCCGGGAGCAUAUUAGCGCCAACAAGGUCACAUUUGCGCUGUUCUGCACGCGAGUGGCACAGAUCUUGUUCGCCAUUGGUUUCGUCAUACCCCUGUUUGGCUCUGCAGCCAACGCGUUCUCCAAGUGUCUGGUGGCCACGGUAGCGACGUCGGCGCUGCGCCUGCACCAGCGCGUGCCGCAGCUGCAGCUGAGCCGCCAGUUCCUGGCCACCCUGAUGGCCGAGGACGCGUGCCACUACCUGUUCUUUGCGCUGAUCUUCCUGUACAGCUCGCCGACCACACUGGUGCUCGUGCCGCCCACCCUGUUCGCUGUGCUGCACGCGGCCAGCUACGCGCUCCGGCUGCUGGACAUGGCAGGCCAGAACAACUCGAUUUUCUCGCGCUACCUGAUGUCGCUCGAGUUCCAGUCGCAGAACAUCCUCCGCGCAGUGGCGCUCUUCGAGAUCAUCCUCAUGCCGUACACCAUCAUCAUGCUGUUCACUGGUCGCGGCAGCCUGCUGACUCCGUUCGUCUACUACCGCUUCCUGUCGCUGCGCUACUCGUCUUACCGCAACCCCUACUCGCGCACCAUGUUCCACGAGCUGCGGAGGAUGGCCGAGACGCAGGCGGCCAGUCCCAGCUGCCCGGCCCUGGUGGCCACCCUCCUGCGGCGCGGUGUGACGCUCACACUCAGUCUGAGUCCAGCGCCGGCGGCGGCGCCCGCUCAGUGAGCGCGACACCGGCGCCUGCUGCGGCUGAUGGGUGAGGCUGAGGUUCCGUGAAUGGCCGCCGCGUGCCGCUGCUGGUUGUUGGUGAACACAGCUGUGAGAUGGAUGACGGCUUAGGACAUUUAGGAAGAGUUUGUGAAUAGAAUACGCUGGAGAUUUUAGAUGAAUGGUCUGGAGAUAAAAGUGGAGCGAAACACCGGUUCCAUCGUGCAGUGUUCUUAUGGCGCUAGUGCCGAUUUAGGUCGCCUUUCAGUGUUCAUGGCAACAAGCUGAGCUGAAUGAGAACCAUGCAGUGCAUGGCAUGCAAUUACCGAAUGCGCGUCCCCAUCGAUAAACUUACAGGAACAAUGCGUCAGCAUCGGCCGACAGGAGGUGCGAAUGAAACACAUCCCAGCGUGUGUGAACCUUGCGUUCUUUUUUUCGACAUGGGAUGAAAAACUGGAAGGCGGCAAUCGAAUAUUCGACAAUUGUGAUUAGCGAUAGCAUAGUUAGGCUUCUGAUUACGAACAUUUCCUAGUGGCGACAUGUGCACGAUAUCCGUGGCGCUCGUUGAUCGUGAUGCCAUGCAUUCGUGAUUCGUAUUAUUCCUAGGUUGCAUAUCCCUAAGGAACUGGGCAUCCGUUAGAUACAACUGACCAAAUGCGUGUCCCUAUUUAUGUUGAAAUUGUCUGAAUAUUUGAUAAUAUUGGAGCUACGACAGCCUGUUUUAUGAUACGUUAUCCCUCUGGUAGUGGUGUCGUGUCUGGUGUCUAGUCGGACUACGUGUCUGGUGAUACACCGCUGACUUUUGUGCCAGCGGUGUGCAAAGCCGAGGCCUCACCGGUCACCGUUCGGCGUUCACUCCCGUCAAUAUCAAACACAUGUGGGACUGUUCCUGUUCAGCGUGCUAAGCUGCGGCCUCACCGGCCACCGUUCACUCGACCUGCCAGCGCACACCUGUGCGACUGUUCGUGUUCAGUUGCUGGCGUACCGACUCCGUCGUCCCCGUCCUGUGUGAUCGCUCACCAGCGCUGUACAGGAGCUGGCCUAGUGGCUGAAUUUGUCGGUACCCCUGUGCCGUUACACCACCGGUGAACGGUGGCGGUGUCUCGGGUGGGUUUACCCUCUGCUGGCGGCCCCCACCAUCCCCAUUCCGUUGUUUGCGGCUGCCAUCCUCACCCUUGGUUAUGCAUCCCUCGUUUAGAGAGUGAUUCGUGAUCCGUAUUACGGAGUGGAAUGGUUCCGUGUGCUCGCACUUGACGUGGUUUAAAGUCUCCCUGGUGAGAUUCUAAGCCUGUCAGCUCCGGUCCGAUACCGAGCUUCGUGUGAUGCCAGUGAGAUUGGUGGAGUGGGUGUCGGCUGGGUCGCUGUUCCGUGUCCGUUGUGUGUCCCUGUCGCUGUCCACACCGUCCCUGGACGGGUCCGGCGACUGCUCUGUGCUGGUGGCUGGUGAUUGCGCCAUACUGAUCUAUACCGGCACACACGCUCCCCCCACGCGGACUGUUUGCACCCUCAGUGUCCGUAUGUCCAGUAACACAGAACUGAAAGUUUGUGGCCUGUUACCCCUGUCAGUGGGUGGGCGGCCGUGAGAUUGACCGAUACGAAUACUAUUGUCAGUGUCGUCACUAUAAUCAACGAGAACCACACCGACGUGUCAUAGUCCCUAUGUGUUUUGGGUGUGUAUUCGUAUGCAUGUGUGACGAGUGGCUCAUUGUAUUGGUGUGCAAGAAAUUGUGCAAAUAUAUUGUAUCGGAUAAA